AUGCUCAUUUACUCAUCAUAUUUAUUUUAUUUGUAUUUUAAUAAUCAAAUUAACCCAAAUUACUCAUCUUAAAGUUUUAUUUCAGAAGAAAUAAUCUCUAUUGACCUUUAAAAUGACCUCUUUGGAUUUAAAUAUGAGUAUGGAGUUAAUCUCAAUCUUGAUGAUUUAUAAGAGUAAUAAAAUAAGACAUAUUUAGUAUAUGUUCCUUUUUUCUAUUACUAAAAUGGAAGCGAUUACUAAAUGAUACCUUUAAAUUAUACUAAAUGUAGUAACACCAAGCUUUAAGGGUUUAACUGUUUGGAUUUUUCUAACCUUAAAAACUACUCAUUAACCUUAAGCACCUAAGAUAACAUAUCUUCAAACAUUUACGUGUUUGUAUAUUAAUGUUAAGACACAGAUAUGUUCAAAGAAUUUAUUCCUGAUAAUUGCGCCAACUAAACAGAAAUUAACUCUACUAUUAAUAACCCUUAUGCUGAUUUCCGUUUGAAAUUCUUAACCUCUUAAUAUAAUACUACAUCAUAGGCAAUUUAAACAAACUACAGGAAUUCAUAUGUAUAUAUGUAAGGGGAUUAAUUUCAAUUGUACACUUUUAAAACUCAAAAGUAGAUCACUCAGCUUAAACAAGGAGCUAUAAUUCAAUCUGAGAGCACUUUCUCUUCUCCUAUAUCAUAUGAUAUACAAAAUUUUAGCUACAGUAGAGAAUCUAUGAUCUAAACUUUUGGUUAGACUUCUUAUUUGUAAAUUACUAUUGAGAUGGAUGAAAUUGUUUAGAAUAUGUUUCUUGGCACAUAUUAGAAUAUAUUAAAAGAAAAUAAAAUUCUGGAUAAAAAGGAUGAUGAUUAUUUUAAAAAUUAAAUGAAAUUCGAUAAAAAUAGAAUAGAAGAACGAGAAGAAGAUAUGAAAGUAGAUAGCGUUUAAGAGAUUAUUGUUCCUUCCUUUGAUACUAAAUUAAUAAAAUCAAUUUGUAGUAGCCAGAAUUAAUCACCUAAAAAUCAAAUCUAGCCAUCUAUAAUGAAUUCACCAACAUGUUAAAAUAAUAGAUUUACCUCAUUUGAGUUAGCUGCAUAAAAGUUAUGUUUUAAGGUAAGUGAUUACUAGUAAUCCCAAGGAUUAGGCUAAAAUGACAAGCGCGCAAUAGAUGACUAUAUUAAUUAAAGCUUAGAUAUAUUGCAGCUCUAUAGAGAUAUUACAUUACUAAAGAAAGCAGCUUUAAUUCUACUGAGUAAGGAUUAGUUGGCUAUAUUGUAGCUAGUUGGAUUAUCUUCAGAUUUUUAGAAAGAACCUGAGAAAAUGAGCUUUUUCGAAGAAUAGUAUUCUAUUUUAAGCGACAGUAGCUUGUAAGAAAAAUACAUAAAUUCUUUCUUUAAAAGAAUUUAGGAUAGCCAAGAAAUAAGUGAAACAGAUUUAAGAAUAUUAGAUUCUUUAUAAUGA